AUGGGUAUUCGCAAAGAAGCCAAAUUCGCUUUCACUAACACCAGUGCCUUCGCCAUUUAUGCCGACCUUCUCGGGCAUUCUCUCUUCGCUCCUGCUUCCACCGAGUACCACACCUACGCCGACUGCUUCAAAAAACGAAAGACGGAAUUGGUGAAAGAGUGUCAGAGCUCUGGAGCUGAUGCCACUCUCUGUGACACGUAUGUGAGCAAUGGACAUGUGAUUUUUUGCGAUAAUACACAAGGAUUCUCAAUUUGUAAUGCCGGUGCCUCCUUCCGUUUUCCCACUACUCUUCGUACAACAACCACAACAACUGCUGCUGCAACAACACACACUGCCUCGUUCCCGAUGGGUAUAUUUUUUGGAGCAUUUUUGGGUGGAUCGUUCCUCGGACUGGUUCUCAUGCUCUUGAUUUGUUUCGUCUGCAGAAGAAAGAAGAGCUCGUUGAAUGAUGGAUUGUCGACUGCAGAAGCUGGAAAAGGAAAGAAAAAGAAAGCCAAAAAGAAUAAGAAGACGGGGACCACGACUGGAAGUUUUGAGAGUACUGGAUCUUUUGGAAGUACUAACGCAUCCACUACUAAAACUGGCAAAGCGAAAAAAGCGAAGAAAGGAAAGAAAAACAAGAAGAAUACCACUAAAAGUUCUGGCUCUACUGCUUGA